UUCUAUCUCUUCUUCUUCACUUCAGCUUUAUCUCUAUCGUGCAACAUCAUACCGACUCACUUCAUCCCAUUCUCCCUUUGCUCGCUUGAAUACUGCUUUUGCUUUUCUAGUAUCAAAACUUCCACUUGAAUAUCUUCGCUAUUCAUAUUAUUACACUCCUUAUAAUAUUCUGUCUCUUCGUGCCUCCACAAAAUUUAUUUUUCAACUUUUUCCAACUUUCCAAAAAUUUCUAAAAAGUAUCUUAAUUUUUUGAAUUUGGUUCUCUCUCUCUUUCUCUAUUGUUUCCUCUUUCAGUCUUAUAAUUAAUUUCAUCUAUUCUAGAUCCACUUCACAAUGCCUCUCCCAAAUAGACGUCCAAUAAAGGCUACCAACUUGUACCCAAAGGCCUUGGUCGAUUCGGAAAUUAAUGCUCAUAAACAAGCCAUAAAUGAAUACCAAGAUGAACUCUCAAUCAAUCUAUACUCCAUGGCCUCUGAUGUCAAACCUGACAUCAACCUAAUCCGUCAACAGCCAGAGUUAAAAUCAAACUUGAGAGCUCCCUUACUAGAUUUUCUAUUCAAAAUCGCAGUUAGAACAAAAGUCACCACUGGCAUCUUCUACAAAGCUGCAAGACUAAUCGACAGAUACUGUUCAAAAAGAGUCGUUCUCAGAGACCAGGCCCAACUAGUAGCUGGAACUUGUCUUCUUUUAGCUGCUAAGACUUCUGGUGGCUGCAACCACAUCAUCUCUUCAGCUAAUGUUCCCACCGGUGGAAGAUUCUUAGGCCCCACCAUCAGAUCCAGAAUCCCAAGAUUAAACGAACUAGUUCAGCUCUGUGGUCCUUCUUGUGGCUACGACGAAGGUAUGUUCACUCAAAUGGAAAUGCACAUCCUCGACACUUUAGAAUGGAACGUCUGUGAUCCCUCCAUCUACAACUGGGCUUACAACUUGUACGACUACCAAACCCUCAAUAACGAGUCAAACACUCCUUCCAAUUUUGACUUUAAGAAAAUCAUCUUUAUCAAAAACUUCCUUAUUGACUGUUCUCUCUACUCUACUGACUUGGUAUCGGUCCACCCUGCUGAGCUAUCUGUCAUCAUCAAAAAAAUCCUCAUCACUCUAAUAACCAACGAUGACACCCACUUUGAUAUCUCAAACCAAAACCUCAAAAAAAUCAUCAGCGACAACAACUUUGAUGAAUACAAUACCUCUGCUGCCGAAAACACUGCCACCCUAAUCAACAACACUACCUGCUUCAACAUGAAUCUUGCAAACAAACUUCUUUUAUCUGUUGCCAACGCUUCUACUGAUCUCUUGAACCACUACACAAACAUUGACCCUCUCUUCAACAACAUAAUAUCUUCAAUUCACAAAGUCGCAAUCUCACACAUCUUGGCCCUCAACGAAGAAAACAACAAAUCAAAGUAUCUCGAUCAACACCAACAACAACAACGUUAUGCUUCUUCUUCUGUCUCCUCCUCUUCUCAAUACUCUUCCUACUGCAGGUCUCCUGUUUCUCCCUACAGUAACAGCGACUACGAUUCCUCUGAUGUCGAAUCAGUCAUGUCUGGCGAUGGUCUUUCCAUUCUCUCAACAAAUUCCUCUCCAAUGACCACUCCUGGCAGCUACGCCAUUUGCUGCAGAUCAAAUCUGAACCUGAGCAUAAUCCCAACUCCAAAAUCAAGAAAAAACUCCCCUUUCGCUUACCCCAUCAAACAAAAAGCAAACAUUAUAAAUAAUUUCAAUAAUAAUAACGUCUACGUUAGUUUUUCUUCAAAUAAAAACGCUUCUGCUGAUAUACUAUAGCAAUUAAAAUCACUUCGGGGCCAAAUGUGUUGAUCGCAUUUAUCUCUUUUCUACUACUACUACUACUUAUACAAUCAUAAAAUACUAUUUAUUUCAAUUACACUUAUAUCUAUACUUAUAUUUAUCAUGGGUUUAAACUAAUGUCCAAAUCAUCUACAAUUGUUAUAUUUCUUUAUUUGCCUACUCAAUUUCCUUUUUGUUCAUGUUUAUGUUAUUUUUUAUGCUGUUAUUGCUUAUUUCAUUAUAACUUCUUUUUUUCUUCUUCAACUGCCUUUUUAAUUCUUCUGUUAACUUCCAGUAUGUUUUCCUACUUUUAAAAAUUGCAUAUUUUCCAAUAAAAUAGAUCACUUCAUUGUUUUUUUUCCCACUCUUACUCUUACUCUUACUUUUACUUU